ACUGACCAUUGGCUUUUCAAUAACAUCCCCUCAUGUGACACUGCUGCUAGGACAACAGCAGUUUUCCAGAAACACAGUUUGCCUUGGAACUUGUCUGCCACUGGCAGGGGCAAGUGUAUUUGUCAUAGGUGGACUUCAAAAGCAAAUGCUUUAGCAGGUACAAAAAAGGAGAAGUUAAAGUUUUUCUCUUGGAAUUUCAGCUCAAGAAACAAAGAAGAGGAACACAGUUAAAAGCCGCUCCAAAUAGUGCCAUUUACUUUGCCCUGGAGGAAAGAGUUGCAUGGCCACAAAUGAUUUCCAUAGAACUGGAAGAAAAUGGUUGUGCUAAGACCUUGGACUGUACCUGUGGGUGUGCAGCAGCAACCAGGUAGCCAAGGUGAUUUCUUCACAUGACACAGUUGCCACGAGGUAGACCAAGAUCAGUGACACUGUGUCCGUUUCUUGCACUUUCAAGUCCCUGUAACCCUGUCGAAUAAUAGACUUCAAAUUAGAAUCAGGAUAUUCGGUAGGGCAAGAUAUCCCUAUUUUAAAUUCUAGUCAUGUUCAUGUGAAAGUUAUAAUUUACUGUUUGGUGUCUUCAGUGUGUCCACAGGCCAAGCAUAAAGCAGUCAGAGUGUGAGUGUUGCUUUAACUCCCAAACUGCAUAGGACCUAAAGUGAUUAUAGGCCCUUGAUAGCCUCCGUCCUGUAGAUCUCCAUGAUAGACAACGAAAUAGCAGAAAAUGUCCAACCUGACCUUAGAUUCACCUACCUCUUCUCAAAGGUGAUAAACACAAUUAAUGGAAAAAUAUCCUCUGAUUCACAAAAAGGCAGCAAUGGAAAGCAGCCAUAAAAACUCACCUUGUGGUUUUCCAGUGUAGCCAGCUUUUUUUUUUUUUUUUUUCCCUCUGAAAUCAUGUAUUUUUUCCAGCAAGUAAUAUCAAUGGCCAAGUUGUUAACACUGAAGUGCUGAGCAUGUUCAUUUGCAUAUGUGGACAUACAGAAUGCCCCAGCAGUUGAGUUUUAUUUAUUUUAUGGCACUGCUAAGUUUCACGUUGGAGCAGACCUGACUGUUAGAUGCAGAGCAGCUUUUGAGAAGCGCUGACUUAAAGCAAAACGUAACAAAAAAUCCCGAACCGCCAGCUUACUGAGUGUGCCAUGAGUUGAGGCCAAAACUGUAUCCUUGAAAGUCAGCUAAAGGAAGGUUGAUAGGCACCCUGCAGAAGAACUAGCUAAAAAAAAAUCUAAAGUAAAAUAAAUAAAUAAAUAAAUAAACCAAGCAUCUUGCAGAACAAGACUGAAAGGAACAAGCUGAAGUGUGUAAGUAUAUUUGUUUCUUACUCUUGCCUGCUGCAAGGCGGAAUUGCAUACAUAUUUUUUUCCAUGUUCAACUCUUGGUGUGAAUAUAGAGCUCAAAAACUGUGAGGCUAUUUUUUAUAUUAAUGCUUGAGAAACUUCUGUUUUUCAAAUGUUUGGUAUGAGAGAACCUGUGUAUAUGUUUUGAAAUAAAUUAUCAGCUGAGCAACAAUUUGAGAGGCCGACAGGGUAACCUGUCCCUCUUUGCUCUGCGUUGUUCACAGAAAGGCCCUGCAGUGUCAGUCAGAAGCUUUUGAAGCUAAUGAGAAAUGUUGAUAUUGUCCCCGUCAGUCGGACACCACUCUUCAGGGCAGAAUGGUCCCUGGAUAAAGGAAGAAGACUAUCUACAAAACAGUUUGCCUGUCCUUCUUGCUGGUAAUCACAGUGACGGUGCUGCAAAGGGGAAUGGCCCCCAGCCAGUUCAUGCAGGGCCAGCAGCAGAAAGACCCACUCCCCUCAGAGCCCCUGAAAAGUCAGAAGAGAGACAACGUCUUCUCCAUCACCAGCACUUUCUGGAAGAGCAAGAAGGAGAAAGCUGCUGUGGAGGAGGAGAGCAUGACAGAUGAUAAGCACGCAAAAUCCUGGGAUGUCACCACUAUCAACUGUUCAGCCAACCAGAACUUCAGCAAGGUGGACUGGUUCAAAGGGCUGGAGCCGAACUUCCAGCAGUUCCUGCUCUAUCGGCACUGCCGCUACUUCCCCAUGCUGAUCAACCACCCUGAGAAAUGCAGUGGGGACAUCUACCUGCUGAUCGUGGUCAAGUCUAUCAUCACGCAGCAUGACCGCCGUGAGGCCAUCCGGAGGACAUGGGGCCAGGAGAAGGAGGUAGAGGGGAAGAGGAUCCGGACACUCUUCUUGCUGGGCACCGCCUCCAAGGAGGAGGAGAGAGCCAACUACCAGAAACUGCUGGAUUAUGAGAAUCACAUAUAUGGGGACAUCUUGCAGUGGGAUUUCCUAGACAGCUUCUUCAACCUCACCCUUAAAGAGGUCCAUUUCCUCAAGUGGCUAAAUAUCUACUGUGACAACGUCCGCUACAUCUUCAAAGGUGAUGAUGAUGUGUUUGUGAGUCCUAGCAACAUCCUGGAGUUCCUAGAGGACAAGAAAGAGGGAGAGAACCUCUUUGUGGGGGAUGUUCUCUACAAGGCCAAGCCGAUCCGGAAGAAGGAGAACAAGUACUACAUCCCCAGUGCCCUCUACAACAAAAGCAACUACCCACCCUAUGCAGGGGGUGGGGGCUUCAUCAUGGAUGGGCCCCUAGCCAAGAGGCUGCACAAGACCUCGGAGACGCUGGAGCUGUACCCCAUCGAUGACGUCUUCUUGGGGAUGUGCUUGGAGGUCCUCAAGGUAUCGCCUAUUGGGCAUGAGGGCUUCAAAACUUUUGGCAUCGUGAAGAACAAGAACAGCAAGAUGAACAAGGAGCCGUGCUUUUUCCGGAGCAUGCUGGUGGUUCAUAAACUGCUGCCUCCAGAGUUGCUCCAAAUGUGGGACUUGGUCCAUAGUAACUUGACAUGCUCGAGAAAACUCAACAUCCUUUAG